CCGGCGCCGACGUUUCUUUACGGUGUCAUCAUCCAGCGUGGGUUUCACUCUUCAAGAAAAAAAAAUCCUGUUGAAAUUACUGGGAAUAGAUCAGGAUGACGGAACGCAAAGGAACAGCAAAACUUGACUUCUUGAAGAAGAUUGAGGAGGAGGUUCAGCAGAAAUGGGAACAGGACAAGCUUUUUGAGAAUGAAGCCCCAGCCACCAUUGGGGAAAAUACGAAUAAGAACAAGUACUUUAUUACAUUUCCCUACCCAUAUAUGAAUGGGAGACUUCACCUCGGCCAUACAUUCUGCCUUUCCAAGUGUGAGUUUGCAGUGGGUUACCAGCGGCUUAAAGGAAAGCAGUGUCUUUUCCCAUUUGGGCUUCACUGCACUGGGAUGCCUAUCAAAGCAUGUGCAGACAAGCUGAAGAGAGAAAUGGAGCUGUAUGGUUAUCCGCCCCAAUUCCCUGAAGAAGAUGAAGAGGAGGAAGAGCAGAAGAAGACCUCUGAUGACGUUAUCAUCAAGGACAAGACAAAGGGCAAGAAGAGCAAAGCUGUAGCAAAGUCUGGAAGCUCCAAGUUCCAGUGGGACAUCAUGAAAUCUCUGGGACUGCAGGAUGCUGAAAUUGUGAAGUUUGCUGAAGCUGAACAUUGGCUGGAUUAUUUCCCUCCUCUUGCUGUAGAAGAUCUGAAGAGAAUGGGUCUAAAGGUGGAUUGGCGGCGUUCCUUUAUUACCACUGAUGUAAACCCCUUUUACGACUCUUUUGUGAGGUGGCAGUUCAUCAAUUUGAAAGAGAGAAAGAAGAUCAAGUUUGGGAAAAGAUAUACAAUUUACUCUCCUAAAGAUGGGCAGCCCUGCAUGGAUCAUGACAGACAGACAGGAGAGGGAGUUGGUCCUCAAGAAUAUACUCUAAUCAAGAUGAAGGUUGUGGAACCUUACCCAACAAAGCUGGGUGCUCUUAAAGGCAAGACCGUUUUUCUGGUUGCUGCAACACUGAGGCCUGAAACCAUGUUUGGUCAGACGAAUUGCUGGAUUCGUCCAGACAUGAAGUACGUUGUGUUUGAGACCGCCAAUGGUGACUUGUUCAUCAGCACUCAGCGAUCAGCCAGGAACAUGUCCUACCAAGGCUUUACCAAAGAGAAUGGAGUGGUUCCUGUGAUCAUGAACAUCAUGGGACAGGUUUGUGUUCCUAAAUGCUUCAGCUGCACAGCACACAAGCAGAAACUCAGCUUAGAGGAGAAGCAGCUUGAGAUGAAGUGA